AUGGGUGAGCUUGUAAAUGCUGCAAGAACAUUAGGUGAAACAGGAAAUUUUGUAGAUGGUUUUAAAAGACUUGUUUCAAAUGUUUUAACAAACACAAAGAAAUUAUUUAGAUAUACCAUACAUAACGGACGGAUUUUCGAACAGGUAGCAACAAACCCUCCGGUUAUGGCUGCGUUGAUGAUGGUUAGAGAUAUAAAACCACGUAACGACGGGAACGAAGAACAUGAACAACAGAGCCCAACGGGCUCAGAGCCACAUAGUGGCGAGGAUACUGGUCGGGUUAUUCAAGACAUUAAAAACGUGUAUCCUGAAGUUAUUGAUUUAUUUAGAGGAGUUAAUGAUUCAAUUUCAAAACAUUCUAUAACCCUCGAUGAAGAGAAUAAAUUAACAGAUUAUAUAUUCGUCAUUAUUGCAGAAUUAAUGAAGAGAAUAAAUGAAAAAGGAAUUGGUGAUAUCAUUAAUGUCAGCGAUGUAAUGAUGAAAAGAAAUUUUGACUCAUUAUUUACAAAACCGAAAACAGAAUAUAGUCUUUAUGACGUAAUUACCGAAUUAAUGAAAAAGAUUAAUGAUAAUAAGAGUUCUGGCGGAAGAGUUGAAUUAGAAGUGAAUGAUGUUAAUGAGAAAUUAGCCGAAAAAGCAGAUAAAAACCACGUUCAUUAUAUAACUUCAGACGAACAGAUUAUAACGGACUACCAUGGAUAUUUAACACGAAGUGAUGAAGCGAAGACAAAAAAUGUUAAUGAAAGAAGAUAUAAAUACAUUCGUGCUAAAGGUUAUGACAUAAGCUGUACUGUACAGUAUGACACAGGUAAAGCACCAGAAGCAUUUGUUAUAACGAUGAAAUUUAUGCCUCUACUUUCUGUUAAUGGUGUAUUAGUUGAACCAAGAUUUACGUUGAGAGUUAAGGCAAAAAUAACGUUUGAAGAUGCUAUUAAAAGUAAAGCUGACAAAGUUGAACUUGACGCAACGAACAAAGUUUUGAAAUCUCAUAAACACAACAUCUCCGAUAUAAAUGAACUUCAAACUUCUUUAGACAGUAAAGCUGACAAGAACCAUACACAUAAAUCCUUCACUACUGUUAGAGCAGACGACAUAAUAUUGAACUUUGACCUUGGUUCAAGUGCACCAUUAGAAAAUCCAA